GCAAGCCGAGAGAAAACCGCGACGUCCGUCGGCCAGCUCAUCUCUCUCCACGACCACCUCCUCCUCCCCCUCCCCCUCCUCGCCUUCGCCGAGGCUCGACCACCUAGACCUCUAUCCUACGCCCUUAUAGCUGCUAGAUAAUGGCCCACCUCGCCCCCGUCGGAAAGUGGGAUGCACGACACCUCGGCCCCGUCCCCCAUGACGGCAAGUACUACACGAACUGCAUGAUCGGUGGUAUCCUCGCGUGCGGUACCACACACGCAGGCCUCACUCCUCUCGAUGUCACAAAGUGUAACAUGCAGGUCAACCCCGGCAAGUUCAAGGGUCUCCUUCCUGGUAUCCGGACGAUCGUGGCGGAGGAAGGUUCCAAGGGUCUCUGGAAGGGCGUCGGGCCGACCUUCAUCGGGUACUCGCUCCAGGGCGCGUUCAAGUACGGCCUCUACGAGAUCUUCAAGGACACUUACAUGAACUUGGCCGGCGAGGAGGCGUCGAGCAAGUACAAGGGUGCGAUCUGGCUCGCGGGCUCUGCGUCCGCCGAGUUCUUCGCCGACAUUGCCCUCUGCCCGCUGGAGAUGACCAAGGUCAAGAUCCAGACGAGCGCCUCGGGCACGUUCCCCGUCCCCAUGCGUGCCGCGUUCGCGGAGAUGAGCAAGACGAAGGCGGUGACGCGAUUCCCCUUCGGGUCGCUCGUCCCCCUCUGGUCGCGCCAGAUCCCGUACACGAUGGCCAAGUUCUUCUUCUUCGAGUACAUCGUCCAGAUGUUCUACAGCCACGUCUUCACCGCGCCCAAGGACACGUACGGCAAGCCCACCCAGCUCGGUGUCACCUUCGCGUCCGGCUACCUCGCCGGUGUCGUCUGCGCCGUCGUCUCGCACCCCGCCGACUCGCUCGUCUCGCAGAUGGGCAAGGAAGCCAACCGCGGCAAGUCGCUCGGCCAGAUCGCGUCCGAGGUUGGUUACUCCAACCUUGCGACUAAGGGUCUCGGCACCCGUGUCCUCAUGAUUGGUACCCUCACCGGCUUCCAGUGGUGGAUCUAUGACUCGUUCAAGACCGCCAUGGGCAUGGGCACGACCGGUGGCAAGUAAACCAAAAAGUAGCGCUUGAUCGCGGUCGGAGCGCGGACUGGUGUGGUUGUCUGCGUGCAUUUAGACAGUUAUUUGUUAUUGCGUUACCUGCUGUCCCAUACUCUAUUCUACCGUCCAUAGAAUACGCAGCAUACCCGUCAGCCGUCUGUUCACCUCUGCAUCUGCUGCAACAUGAAUAUGUCACGAAUGGUUUGUAAGGCCGCUUGGGAUGCGUAGGCCCCUUGUGGCAGGAGCCGUAGCCGUGGUUGUUCACAUCGUGUGUACCCGGGACAUUUUAACUCGCAAGGGCCGGAACAAAGCUGAGAGGGCUUCCGAGUUGCCGCUAUCGCCCUGCCGGUCCGGGUGGAGGCCGUGGCGGCUUCAGCAGAAAGCCACAGCUCCUGCCGUCAGUUGAGAACGACACCGACUUGACAAAUGACUGC